ACUUCCUGCCAAGCAUAGAGCCGCAAGACUGACCACUCUGGCGUGCUAGAGCCGUAAGACCUCUCUAUCUCUCUGCAGUUGGAGUCUGCUGUGCAGCUGCCGCUACUCUACUAGAGGAACGGAGCAAGGCAGAGCCCCAGAGGAUAAGGCGGGUCUGCCUUGCCCGGUCGCUCCCCUCUCCUCGCUUCUGCAUAGAGAGAGAAGCAGAGGAACCAAAACCCAAGCCAAAGCCCAGAGGGGAGAGAAAAGGAGAAGAGAGCCGCGAUGAGGCCCGCCGCCGCCGCCGCCAGCACUGGCGGGUUCCAUCUCUUGCUGCCCGCGUCGCACAGGCGGUCGCCUCCGCUUCCUAGUCUUCCAAUCAGCUCUACUAGAGGAGGAGGAAAAGGAAAGCUACGAGCCGCCGCAGAAGCGGCACCGGGAGACGUCGUCGUCGCUGGCGGCGGCGGCGGCGCGCUGCUGGGGCGCCCCCUGGAGGACGUGUACAAGGUGCGCGUGGAGCGCGGCGCGGCGGCGCGGGCGCGCGCGGAGGCGCUGCGCGUGAUGGAGACGUGGUCGUCGUGGCGCACGGGCGGGCGGUGCCGGAUGCCGUGGGACUGGCAGGUGGACCAGCUCGUGUACAUCGUGUCCGGGGAGGUCAAGGUGAUCCCCGCCGGCGCCGUCCACGGCGACGACUACAUGCACUUCGUCGCCGGGGACCUCGUCAGGUACCCGCGCUGGUUCGAGGCCGACCUCUACUUCGACGGCCCCUACGAGGAGCGCUACCGCUUCCUCGCCUACGGAGACGACAACUAGCUCCCUAGUCUUCUACAACAUGCUUGCCAUCACAAGCUUAUCCUGUACUCUUAUCAAUUCUUGUUUCAGCUUUACUAGUUUUUAGGCUUAUUGUUAGCUACCUACCCAUUGGAGAAACAUAUGCAGUUAACUGAUCCAAUGUAUUCGUAUUUGUAUGGCAGAAGAGAAUAUGAAUCAAACAGAAAAAUUAAACCUGUC